AUGAAUAACACUUUUGGUCAACAUCAACAUCCUCACGAACACCAGCAAAUGUUGCAAACUCAACAACACCAACAUCAGCAAGUUGCCACCGUAUUAUGUUGUAACUGUGGUACCCCUAUCGAUGGAUCUACUGGUCUAGUAAUGUGUUACGAUUGUAUUAAGAUGACUGUGGAUAUUACCGAAGGUAUUCCAAGAGAAGCCAACAUUUCAUUCUGUAGAAACUGUGAAAGAUUCUUACAGCCACCAGGCCAAUGGAUUAGAGCUGAUUUAGAAUCAAGAGAAUUAUUAGCCAUCUGUUUACGUCGUCUGAAAGGUUUAACGAAAGUCAGAUUAGUAGAUGCGUCAUUUAUUUGGACAGAACCACAUUCUAGACGUAUUAGAAUUAAAUUGACAGUCCAAGGUGAAGCCAUGUCUAAUACUAUCAUCCAACAAACCUUUGAAGUCGAAUACGUCGUCAUCGCUAUGCAAUGUCCAGAUUGUGCAAGAUCAUAUACUACCAAUACAUGGAGAGCUACCGUUCAAAUCAGACAAAAAGUCCCUCAUAAGAGAACUUUCUUAUAUUUGGAACAAUUGAUCUUAAGACAUAAUGCUCAUGUUGAUACCAUCUCUAUCAGUGAAGCUAAAGAUGGUCUUGAUUUCUUUUAUUCUCAAAAGAAUCAUGCAGUUAAGAUGAUUGAUUUCUUAAACUCAGUGGUACCAAUCAAAUCUAAGAAAUCUGAAGAAUUAAUCUCACAAGAUACACACACAGGUUCAUCCACUUAUAAGUUUUCAUAUUCUGUUGAAAUUGUUCCAAUUUGUAGAGAUGAUUUAGUUGUGUUACCUAAGAAAUUAGCCAAGCAUUUAGGUAACAUCUCUCAAUUCGUACUCUGUUCUAAAAUUUCUAACACUGUUCAAUUCUUAGAUCCAACAACCUUACAAACUGCUGAUUUAUCACCUUCUCUAUAUUGGAGGUCACCAUUCUCUGCAUUAGCUGACGUUUCUCAAUUAACUGAUUUUAUCGUCCUUGAUGUGGAUCCAACAGGAAUAAGUAAGGGUAAACGUAUCCUAGCUGAUAUCACUAUUGCAAGAACUGCUGAUUUGGGUAUCAAUGAUCAAGUAUAUUACGCAAGAUCUCAUUUAGGUGCCAUUCUUCAUGCUGGUGAUACCGUUGCAGGUUAUUUCAUUGCCAAUUCCAAUUAUAAUUCUGAAUUAUUUGAUGGAUUAAAUAUAGAUUAUGUCCCAGACGUUGUCUUGGUUAAGAAAUUAUACCAAAGAAAGACUAAGAAGAAUAGAAAUUGGAAGUUGAAAAGAAUGGCUAAGGAACAUAAGGAUAUUGAUGCUGCUCAAGAUUAUAGCUCUAAGGCUCAAAAGCAAGAUAUGGAGCGUGCUGAGAAGGAUUACGAAUUAUUCUUGCAAGAAUUGGAAGAAGAUGAAGAAAUGAGACAAACUAUUAACUUAUAUAAAAACAACGAGGCUGCUGCUGCUGCUCAAAUUGCUGCUGCUGCAAAUGGUAUGGAAGAAGAUGAAGAUCCAGACGCUCCACAAAUCGAUAUUGAUGAACUGUUGGAUGAGUUGGAUGAAAUGACUUUGGAUGACCCAAGUGAAGAACAACCGCAAAUGCAACAGCCAAACAUGUAG